UCUUUCGACUUUCAGUAACCUCACCUACUCCGACCAGCGAGUGAAAUGCUGAAAGCCUGAAACUUCAGCCAAAAAGAGCUCCGAACAGUGGGUGAAAUACUGAAACCUCAGCCAAAGAGCAUAUUCGAGUAUCGGUUGAAUUUUUGUUCAUUUGUAGAUUCAACGCAUUGGUGCCUGGUUGAAACAAACUGGUUACUUUUCUUCCACAGGGCUUGGUUGAGUGUGAACACUGCAGAGUGAAGUUGGAGAAAACAUGGAGAGAAUUCAUGUAUCAGUUAGGGCUAGACCGCUCUCUCCGGAAGAAGCUAAGACCAGUCCUUGGCGUAUCUCCGACAACUCCAUUUUCUUUUCCAAUCCGCCAUCAGCAAAAUUUGAUUUUGAUAAGAUAUUUGGGGAGGAAUGCAAGACAGUGGAUGUCUACAAUGCUCGCACUAAGGACAUUGUUUCAGCUGCUGUCCAAGGAUUUAAUGGAACUGUUUUUGCAUAUGGACAAACAAGCAGUGGAAAGACACAUACUAUGCGAGGUUCAAGUUCUGAACGAGGAGUCAUCCCUCUAGCCGUGCAUGAUCUUUUUAAUUUCAUACAAGAGGCAGUGGAUCGAGAAUUUCUUUUACGGAUGUCCUAUAUGGAAAUCUAUAAUGAGGAAAUAAAUGAUUUGUUGGCCCCUGAGCAUUGGAGAUUACAGAUCCAUGAAAGUAUUGAGCGUGGAAUAUUCGUUGCUGGUUUGAGGGAAGAGAUUGUUGCUUCCCCAGAACAAGUACUUGAGCUUAUGGAGUUUGGAGAAUUUCAUCGUCAUACUGGAGAAACAAAUAUGAACUUGCAUAGCAGUAGGUCUCAUACAAUUUUUCGUAUGAUAAUUGAGAGCAGGGAGAAGGCUGAACAUACACCAGCAGAUAAUUCAUGUGAUGCAGUUCGUGUAUCUGCUCUGAAUUUAGUGGAUCUUGCUGGUUCCGAACGAGCCGCUAAGACUGGAGCUGAAGGAGUUCGUUUGAAAGAAGGCUCUCAUAUCAACAAGAGCCUGAUGACUUUAGGAACUGUUAUAAAAAAGCUAAGUGAAGGUGCUGAGAGCCAAGGUGGCCAUGUUCCUUAUCGAGACAGCAAGCUCACACGUAUUUUGCAGCCAGCAUUGGGUGGAAAUGCAAAUACUGCAAUUAUAUGCAACAUUACUCUUGCUCAGGUUCAUGCUGAUGAGACUAAGAGUAGUCUUCAAUUUGCAAGCAGGGCAUUGCGUGUUACAAACAGUGUUCAUGUUAAUGAGAUAUUGACUGAUGCUGCUUUACUCAAGCGUCAAAAGAAAGAGAUCGAGGAGCUUCGAGCUAAGUUGCAGGCUUCACCUUCCGAACAUCUUGAAGAAGAAAUACUCAAUUUGCGGAACACUUUGUUGAAGAGUGAAUUGGAGAGGGAACGGAUUGCAUUAGAAUUGGAAGGAGAAAAGAAAGCUCAAGCAGAAAGGGACAAGAGGCUGCAAGAACAAGCGAAAAAGAUUGAAAACUUAAGUACAAUGGUCUUGUGCUCUAAUAGGGAUGAGAGCCGUGAUGUCUAUAAGAAGGAUAAAAGGCGUGAUACAUGGUGUCCAGGUAACCUUUCACGGAUGAAUUCGAAGGAGUUGUGUUCGACGGUUAAACGAGAUCUUUCUGCAGUCAGACCCAUUAGAGCAGGACGUGACCCGGAACCUCUUCUUCCUUUUGAAGAACUAUUAGUUCCUGAUUCUGUGGAUAACUCUUCCAAUCAAGAAGGGGAUUUUAUGAAUAUGAUAUCAGAAGACUGUUGUGUUCCUGACCAACAAGCUUUGGUGCAUGUUACUAACAGGAGAAAGGGGGCUCCUAGGAAGAAAAGCUUACAAACAGAGGACAGAAGAUCACUUGAUAUGCAAUCAGAAUAUGAGGAAUUGCUUUUAGAAUUUGAAGCACAUAAAACUGUGAGUGAGAUACAAAUUGACUAUUUAACAAGGAAGAUUGCUGGAGUUGAGGCUGAUCUGAUCGAAAAAUGUAAUGAUAGUUCCAUGCAAUAUAACAAUGAUACGAUUCACUUGAUGGGGAACAAAUAUUUAAGGGAGCCAGAAGCUUUACUUGUUAUUAAGCAGCUCCAUGAAAAGAUCAGAGUGUUAGAGAUGGAGAGAUCCUCAAACCAAGAAAGUUUGGACUGUGUAGUUGAGUUAGCAACUGAACAAACCAUAUCUGCAAGGGAGAAGUAUGAAGAGGUUUAUCAAGAGCUUUUGGGUGUCAAAGAGGAGGCUAAGGAGGCCAAGGAGCAACUUGCUUCAGUGCAAAUUGCAGAAGAGAAAAACUUUAUGAGUCAAGUUCUGGCAGAAGUUCAAGGAAUGAUGAUCGAAGUAGAAAAUUCAAGAAACCUUACUGAUUCUGUCAUUCCAGUUAUGGAUGAUCUCUUACAAUCAUACUCUGUCAUAUCCAAUUCAGUUGCUGAAUUAAAGUCUUUCCUGCCUGAGAGUUCAAUGCAAAUAAAAUCAAUAAUUAGCAACCAAGAGAAAAUAUGUUCUUGUUUGAGUGUGAAAAUCAACGAACUUGAGGAUGAGAAGAUUCUACUGCACAACCAAAAUUUGGAUCUUCAAGUUCAGAUCGAACAACUACAAAAAGUUGUUCAUAGUUCUGAAAAUGCAUUAGUUGAAUACUCAGAAAAAUAUGAAGCUGAGAAGUCUGAACUCCUUUCUCAGAUUCGUAGUCUUCAAAAGGAAAUUUCAAGCUUAACUUCUUCAUCCUUAGCUAGGGAAAAGGAAUCACUUAGAAAAGAUUUGGAGAAAACAAAAGCAAAGUUAAAAGAUACAGAAUCCAAGCUUAAAAAUGCCAUCCAAGAGAAAACGAAGCUUGAGGGAGAAAAAGCUUGUGCUGAGAGGGAAAUCAAAAUCUUGCAUGGCCAGAAAGCUAUUCUUGAACGUGACAUAAACAAACAUGACUCUAUUGUUGGGAGAAGGCGAGAUUCAGUUGUUGAUAGGAGCUCUAGUGCAUUUGAGGCAAAAAGAGCCAAGGGAGCAGCUUUCUUGGCGGAACAGACCAUGCAGGAGGAAUACAAGAAACUUGAAGUCCUUGCAUUUGAGAUGGAGACAACUAUUGCUUCUCUGGAAGAGCAACUAACAAUGGCAAAUGAGGAAAAAGAAGAGGCUGAGUCUAGAGCUGGCAGUUUGGCGUCAAAUGCAGAACUAAGUGAUGAACUGAAUGUGUCAAAUGCAGAACUAAGUGUUUUGAAGGAAAAGGUUUUGGAUCUUACAUCUAGUUUGGAAGAAUCUAAGUCUCUCCAUCAAGGAUUGGAAAGCACUAUAAACACAUUGUCUGAAGAAAAGGAGGACCUGGCAAUACAACUUGUUGAUGCCCUUCUAGCUAUAGAGGAGGAAAAGGCUAUAUGGUUGGCCAAGGAAAGAGCUUCAGUUGAAGCCAUUGAAGAAAAAACAAACGUAUAUAAUGCUGAGAUUGCCUCUUUAUCCGAGGCAUUGUCUGAGGUGAGAAAUGAACUUGAAAAUUACAGAGAAGAGUGCAAGCUCCUCAAAGAAAGUUUGACAAAUUCAGAGAGAUGCACCGCACUUGAAAAAGAUUGCAGUAAAGGGAAACCACUGGAGAUUGAUCAGAUGCGAAUUGACCUAAGAGUUGCCGAGGAACAUAGUACAAAAAUACAAGAGGCAUUGAAAUCACAACUGGAAGCAAUUUCCUCGGAGCAUUCCAGCACCAUUGAAGAGGUAGAAAAACUUAGGAUGGAAUUAAGCAUGCUCAGCAAAGAAAGAGAGAGUCUAUUGGCCCGGAUGAGGGACUUGGAUUCACGACCAAUCUCUAAUCAUGAUCUUCAGAAUUCAGAGCUUGAAGUGGAGCAGCUAAGGAAUAAACUUGCCAGUCUAGAGGUCAAGAUGCAUUCUGAUGAAGUCAACAACAAUAAGGCGAGGGCUAAGCUUAGGAUGAGACUUCAUGGGACACACACAAAGCUAGAGGCAUUCCGUGAUAGAUACAGAGAACUGGUGCAUGAGAUGGAGUUCAUGAACCAAAAAUUUGAGGCUGCUUCAAAAGAAUUGAAGCAGCGAUUAGCUUCGUGUGGUCAUGAAAUCCUAAACCUCAAGAAGCAGCUCGUUGCCCACAAAAGCAGCGGUUAGGACUUAGGAGACUAGGAGUAGAUACAUUGUAGAGUAAAAAUUGAGUGAAGUAUUUAUAAAUUGUACAUAUAGCUCUGCAACAUUGUAAUUUGGUUCUUGACAAUGAAAAUUGAUUACAACAUGGCCA